AUGGGCAAGGAGAGGAAGGGAACGCGGCCGGGGGGGGGGCGGAGGAAGGAGCGGGAGCGGCUGGAGGAGAUGAAGCGGGAGCUGGAGCUGGACGAUCACAAACUGGACGUGAAGGAGCUCGAGCUGAAAUACAACACGAGCACCACCAAGGGUCUGUCCGACGCGGCGGCGGCCGAGCGGCUGCUCCGGGACGGCCCCAACGCUGCGACGCCCGCCGAGGGCACGCCGGGCUGCGUCCGCUUCGGCCGGCAGCUGGCCGGGGGGCUGCAGUGCCUCAUGUGGGUGGCCGCGGCCAUCUGCCUGAUCGCCUACGGCGUGCAGGAGGGCGAGGGCGACCGCGGCAGCUCGGACAACCUGUACCUGGCCGUGGCGCUCAUCGCCGUCGUCGUGGUCACCGGCUGCUUCGGCUACUACCAGGAGUUCAAGAGCACCAACAUCAUCGCCAGCUUCCGCAACCUGGUCCCGCAGCAAGCCACGGUGGUGCGGGCGGGGCAGGUGCUGCAGGUGAACGCGGCCGAGCUCGUGGUCGGCGACCUGGUGGAGAUCAAGGGCGGCGACCGAGUGCCGGCCGACAUCCGGGUGCUGGCGGCGCAGGGCUGCAAGGUGGACAACUCCUCGCUGACCGGGGAGUCGGAGCCGCAGACGCGCUCACCUGAGUGCACGCACGACUCGCACCUGGAGACGCGGAACAUCGCCUUCUUCUCCACCAUGUGCCUGGAGGGUACGGCCACGGGCCUGGUGAUCAGCACGGGCGAGCGCACGGUGAUCGGGCGCAUCGCCAGCCUGGCCUCGGGCGUGGAGAACGAGAAGACGCCGAUCGCCGUGGAGAUCGAGCACUUCGUGGACAUCAUCGCCGGCCUGGCCGUGCUCUUCGGCGGCACCUUCUUCGUGGUGGCCAUGCUCAUCGGCUACCCCUUCCUGCGCGCCCUCGUCUUCUUCAUGGCCAUCGUGGUGGCCUACGUGCCCGAGGGGCUGCUGGCCACCGUCACGGUGUGCCUGUCGCUGACCGCCAAGCGCCUGGCGCGCCGGAACUGCGUGGUGAAGAACCUGGAGGCCGUGGAGACCUUGGGCUCCACCUCGGUCAUCUGCUCCGACAAGACGGGCACGCUCACCCAGAACCGCAUGGCCGUGGCGCACCUGUGGUUCGACGGGCAGGUGCACGCGGCCGACACCACCGAGGACCUGUCGGGUGAGGCCUUUGACCAGAGCUCGCCCUCCUGGGCCCUGCUCAGCCAGGUGAUCUCGCUCUGCAACCGCGCCCAGUUCAAGCCCGGCCAGGAGGGCGUGCCCGUGGCGCAGCGUGACGUCAUCGGCGACGCGUCGGAGUCGGCGCUGCUGAAAUUCGCGGAAGUGACGUCAGGGCCGGUGGCGGCCGCCAGGGGGCGCUUCCCGAAGGUGGCGGAGCUGCCGUUCAACUCCACCAACAAAUUCCAGGUGUCAGUGCACGAUGCCGGCUCCCAGCAGCUCCUGGUGCUCAAGGGCGCCCCCGGGCGGGUCCUCGAGCGCUGCUCGGGGGCGCUGCAGGGGGGGGAGGAGCGGCCGCUGGACGCCGAGUGGAGGCGGAGCCUGGAGGGGGCGUGUCUGGACCUGGGGGGGCGGGGCGAGAGGGUGCUCGCCCAGGUGAGCCAGGUGUGUCCCCCCCAGGUGAUCAUGGUGACCGGGGACCACCCGGUGACGGCCAAGGCCAUCGCGGCGCAGGUGGGCAUCAUCUCCGAGGGCAGCGAGACCCCCGAGGACGUGGCCAAGCGCCUGCACCUGCCCCUGGAGCAGGUAACGCCCAGCCAGGCCCGUGCCCGCGUGGUGACGGGCUCCGAGCUGGCCGCGCUGCCCCCGGGCGCCCUCGAGGAGCUGCUCCGCGCCCACCCCGAGAUGGUUUUCGCCCGCACGUCGCCCCAGCAGAAACUCGUCAUCGUGGAGAGCUGCCAGCGCCUGGGCUCGGGCGGUGACAGGUGCGGCGUGAACGACUCACCUGCGCUGAAGAAGGCCGACAUCGGCGUGGCCAUGGGCAUCGCCGGCUCCGACGCCGCCAAGAACGCCGCGGACAUGAUCCUGCUGGACGACAACUUCGCGUCCAUCGUAACGGGCGUGGAGCAAGGCCGGCUGAUCUUCGACAACCUCAAGAAGUCGAUCGCCUACACGCUGACCAAGAACAUUCCGGAGCUGACGCCGUACCUGAUCUACAUCACGGCCAGCGUGCCCCUCCCCCUGGGCUGCAUCACCAUCCUCUUCAUCGAGCUCUGCACCGACAUCUUCCCCUCGGUGUCGCUGGCCUACGAGCGCGCCGAGAGCGACAUCAUGCACCUGCGGCCCCGCAACCCCCGGCGCGACCGGCUGGUCAACGAGCCCCUGGCGGCCUACUCGUACUUCCAGAUAGGUGCCAUCCAGUCCUUCGCGGGCUUCACCGAUUACUUCGUGGCCAUGGCCCAGGAGGGCUGGUGGCCGUACCUGGUGCUGGGGCUCCGCCCGCGCUGGGAGGACGCGCACGAGCAGGAGCUGCAGGACAGCUACGGCCAGCAGUGGACGUUCGGGCAGCGCCGGUACCAGCAGUACACCUGCUACACCGUGUUCUUCAUCAGCAUCGAGAUGUGCCAGAUCGCCGACGUGCUGAUCCGCAAGACGCGGCGCCUCUCCCUGUUCCAGCAGGGCCUCUUCAGGAACCGGACCCUGCUGGUGGCCAUCGUGUUCCAGGUGUGCAUCGGCUGCUUCCUCUGCUACUGCCCGGGCAUGCCCAACGUGUUCAACUUCAUGCCCAUCAGGUUCCAGUGGUGGUUGGUGCCGAUGCCCUUCGGGCUCCUCAUCCUCGUCUACGACGAAAUCCGGAAACUCGGAGUGCGGCGACACCCGGGCAGUUGGUGGGAUCGGGAACUUUACUACUGA